AUGUUACAGGUUGCUACCAGCUCUGGAAUUGGCACUGCUGAUCUCCACCUCUUGUCAACAACCUUUUCUGCACUUUGGAGGCAUGAGCUUCCACCUUCGCUGGUUGCGAAAAAUAAUGUCAUUGCGGUAUCACCUCAUCUGGUGCAGUUCAAAGCUUCGUGGGAGCUUCUUGUUGAUGAUCUUCUGCAAGAAUGGAAAAUGUUCAAUUUAAUAUCUGCGUUGGUGCAAACAUCCAUAUCGGUGUUACUUUCGUUGGAUGGUCAAGCAGGUUCCGAUCCUAUCACGAGAACUGGAGUCUUACUCUCUUUCAUUUGCGCUGGAAUAUCGCUCCUGUGUGGGAGCUUUUGCGUUCUCCAAUUUGGAUCUAUGCGAAGAAUGCCAGAGGCAGCAAAAUGGAUGAAGGCAAGUGUCUAUAACUUUCAGAACUUGCCAUAA